GGAACUUUCAAUCCUUAACCACGAUGCUUGCCCGGCACUUUUUCUGAUGUGUACCAUACAUUCGUUGCUCCUAACAAGGCGGAAAGACUUCAACUUUUGUCUAAAUACUGUUUAGUGUGAACCGGUGUCGGUGCUGUUGUUGAAUCCACCUCGUCAUGUCGGACACAUGGAGCAACAUCCAGGCGCACAAGAAGCAGCUGGACUCUCUGCGGGAGAGGCUGCAGCGGCGGCGGAAAGACCCCGCACAGCUGUCCGCGGACGGUGGAAGCAGUACAGAGGGAUCCAUGGCCAGGAGUGACAGCCCAGCUCCGUCAGCGCCGUUCCCCCCUCAGGAAGAGACGGAAAAACCACCAGACCCAGAACUAGAGAAGAGGCUGCUGGCCUAUCUGUCUGAUCUGAGCCUUCCCAUGCCAAUGGACUCCCUUGCCAUCACAAACGAUCUCAACAGUUCUGAAACAGCCGUCACUCAUGGAUGCAUCCAGAGUCUGCUGCUAAAAUUCUCUGCUCAGGAGCUUAUCGAGGUCAGGCAGCCCACCUCAGCCUCCUCCUCUGCCAAUUCCUCCUCCUCAGUCGUGGUGGCAGUGGACCACACAAAACUGUGGGCUAUGAUCGGUUCUGGGGCUGGAGCCCAACGGACUGGAGUAAAGAGAAAAGCGGAAGAUCAAACUCAACACAAAAGAACUCCGGGCUUCCCGCCCUCACUUCAGAGCUCUGCCUCUCCUCCGCACACUUCCUUCACCUCUCUGACACCUGCGGCUUCCUCCUCGCAGCUGGCCGGGCCUUCGGCAUCAGGGAGCGGGAGCAGGAGCAGUAAAGGCCCUUCGUCUCAUUUGGACAUGGAGAUAGAGAGCCUCCUGAACCAACAGUCCACCAAAGAGCAACAGAGCAAGAAGGUGAGCAGAGAAAUUCUGGAGCUGCUCAAUGCCAGCACAGCCAAGGAGCAGUCCAUUGUGGAAAAGUUCCGGUCUCGCGGCCGAGCUCAGGUCCAAGAGUUUUGCGACCACGGGACCAAAGAGGACUGUGUACGCUCUGGGGACACACCUCAGCCGUGCACCAAGUUACACUUCCGUCGCAUCAUCAACAAGCACACAGACGAGAGCCUCGGCGACUGCUCCUUUCUCAACACGUGUUUCCACAUGGACACCUGCAAAUACGUCCACUAUGAGAUCGACAGCCCUCCAGAGGCCGAGGGGGGCCUGAUGGGGCCGCAGGCCGGUACCACAGAGCUUGGACUCCAUUCGGGGGAUGCUGACAGCAACGUGGGGAAACUGUUCCCUUCACAGUGGAUCUGCUGUGAUAUCCGCUACCUGGACGUAUCCAUCCUCGGUAAGUUUGCGGUAGUGAUGGCCGACCCUCCGUGGGACAUCCACAUGGAGCUACCCUACGGUACACUGACUGACGACGAGAUGAGAAAACUCAACAUCCCUAUCCUGCAAGAUGACGGCUUCCUCUUCCUGUGGGUCACCGGCAGGGCUAUGGAGCUGGGCAGAGAGUGUCUCAGUCUCUGGGGCUACGACCGUGUCGAUGAAAUCAUUUGGGUGAAAACCAACCAGCUUCAGAGAAUCAUCCGGACGGGAAGGACAGGCCAUUGGCUGAACCACGGGAAGGAGCACUGUCUGGUUGGUGUGAAGGGAAACCCUCAGGGGUUCAACAGAGGUUUGGACUGUGACGUCAUUGUGGCAGAGGUCCGUUCCACCAGUCACAAACCAGAUGAGAUCUACGGCAUGAUAGAGAGACUCUCGCCCGGCACCAGGAAGAUUGAGCUUUUCGGUCGACCCCACAACGUCCAGCCCAACUGGGUAACUCUUGGAAACCAGCUCGAUGGCAUUCAUCUCUUGGAUCCUGAAGUUGUGGCGCGGUUUAAGAAGCGUUAUCCAGAUGGCGUCAUCUCCAAACCCAAAAACAUGCAGUGAUGACUUUAGGAGUGGUCACAGGUUUGGAGAAGUUUGUCAAAGACUGUUUUCGUUUCCGUUUUUUAUACCAGUGAACUAAUUUCUUAAAUAAAUGUUGUUAACAAGAUGCAUUGUCUGUAUUUUGGUUAAGAAUGAUUAAAACCAUGUGAAGAACUAAUGGGAA